GCUCUGCGGACGACGGGCCAAUCCGCGGCAUCACUGGGGAGGAAAGAGUUUGACAAGCGUCGCAGAGCAGGAGACAAGCAGAGCACCUGACAAGAGGCUCCAACCUGCGUAGGGCAGAGCCUGGGGGAUGCAGACGGCGGGAGCAGUCAGGCCGUGCGAGGAGGACCCAGCCUUGACCGCAACCUUACCAUGGAGCCGGAGACAGUACUGGAAGCGGGCAAGAGGCCAGCAACGCCAGAUGGCGAGUCUAGCGAGCGUGGAUGCGCGCUGAGACGGGCAGGCUAUGCGUCGACGUUUGUUCCCAAUUCCUGUGGGCAGCGUGGCGGCCAGGACCGUGCCCACGAACGCGAGGGCCAGGGAGGGCGAUUAGAGCUAGCGAGGAGCAGGGAGGGAGCGCUGAGAGGCAGGAAGAGACGGCAGCUGGCCCCGGGCAGGGCUUCGCUGUUUGGCUGUUUGGGCAAAUGGCACGGGGGCGAGCGGUGGGAUGGGGGGAUGGGUAGAGUCGGAGGGCAGCUGGCGCCGACGUGUUGUUGAUAGACAGCGAGAGGGGGAGCGCCACCAUGUGGAGACUGGAGCAUCCGAGCACAGCAGGGCGAGUAAAGUGCGCAGUGCCCACGAUUCAGCGAAAAGCCCAGGAG